CAUGAUGGUCGCUGCUGCUUACAGUAUAGGAGGGGAAACUUGUCGUCGAGCGAGCUUCGGCUUUCUUAAAACCUCAUCUGAUGAUAGUAGAGUUUGGUGGUGAAGCUUUUUCUUAAACUGACACCUUACAGUUCAACAUGGAUUACCUGCUGCAGGUGAAAAUAGGCGCUCUGGUCGGGUUAUUGUUCCUAACUCUUCUUUUUGGAUUCAUCCCUGCUCGAGUCAAAUGGUUCAGCCAAACAAAUGGGUCAGAGACCCAUCGCACCGUUUUGAGUCUGAUCAGCUGUUUUGCCGGUGGGGUUUUCUUGGCAGCAUGUCUGCUCGACAUCAUUCCAGAUUAUCUGUCGGACGCCAGCACCGCGCUGGAUGCUCGAGGGCUGGAGACCGACUUCCCCGUUCCAGAGUUCAUCAUAGCUGCCGGCUUCUUCAUGGUCCUCAUCUUGGAGAGGAUGGUCCUGAAUUGUAAGGAAAUGGGAGGGACUCAGGACGAGAGGGCACCCCUUAUACACGACAACAGGAACGGGCACGGUCAUGCGCAUGGCAUGGCUUCGAGUCCUGAUCUGGAGAGCAGCGGCCAUCAUGUCCAUGUUGACUUUCAGGCCCACUCCCCCUUCCGUUCCUUCAUGCUCUUCCUCUCUCUCUCGCUCCACUCUGUUUUUGAGGGUCUUGCCAUAGGCUUACAGAGCACUGACUCAAAGGUUUUAGAGAUCUGCAUUGCUAUACUCGUCCACAAGAGCAUCAUAGUGUUCAGCCUGUCGGUGAAGCUGGUCCAGAGCGCAGUUCGUCCUCUGUGGGUGAUUGCUUACAUCUUAGUGUUCGCCAUAAUGUCACCUUUAGGUAUCGCCAUCGGUAUCGGUGUGAUGGAGGCCAAGCUAGAAGCUGGAGCCCUAAUCCAGGCCAUCCUGGAGGGGCUCGCUGCAGGCACAUUUGUUUACAUUACCUUUUUGGAGAUCCUUCCACAUGAGCUCAACUCUCCAGGGAAGCAGCUUCUCAAGGUACUCUUCAUCCUGCUAGGCUUCAGCGUCAUGGCUGGCCUCACGUUUAUCGGUUGACAUGAAGGCCAGUCGUCAUUUUAGCUGGUCAACAUGUGACCUGGAUGCUUUGUGCCAACUACUGCAGCUCCCACAUGUGUGGGUGACCUUUUUACCCAAAGACAAACUGUUCUCAUUAUAAUGGACACACUGGCCACACUGUUACUUCCAACUUUGGAGUUUGUCAUGUCAAAUGGAGUAUGAUAACAGUAGCUGGUUUUUAUUUCUUUUAAUAUGCUUGUUUUUAAAAUGUCCUAAUUGAGAAUUAUUUCUCAAUAUAAUUUCUUUUAAGGAGGAUUUUAUAUGAAGAGGAACCACUUAAUGAUAAGUUGUGAAUGACAGAGAGGGGCACAGGGGAAAAGUCCUCUCUUUAUCACUGGCCUAGUUUUGAAACAUGCUUUGGAUCUGCAAACAAAAUCUCUGCCUCUGACCUUUGACAAGAUUGAGGAAACCACUGGAAACAAAGGGCCGUCCCUCACUGUGUGUACAUCAUACCUUGUAAUUAAUUCAAUCGUGGGUUUAACAGCACCUCCAAAUAUUUCAUGUUCACAUUUGAUUUGAUUUGAUUUGCAACAAAUUAAAAGGGGAGGUUUGACAGCAUUUUGUCUCUAAUAAAAGCACUGCUUGUGCCUAUACUUUUGUUGAAGUAUUAUACAGUACUCUGUGUUCUUUAGUACGAGCUCAGCUGGAUUGUUGGUCUUCAUAAAUUGUUAUUAAUGGUGUUUCUACUGAUCUGGGUUCACUUUAUACAUUUUGGGAUUUUAGUGCAAUCCUUUUUAGUUGUAGUUUCCAAAGUUGCACUCCUUUUAGUGCUCAUUACAAACUGCAUAAUGCACCAUUUCUUACAUUUGUUUAGAGAAACUGGGGAAAUGUAAACUGACUCCCUGAUGCCUUAAGAUGUUAUAUGCCAAAAUGAGGUUAAAGAAAAAAAGAAAAGAAUGGAUGUCAUGACACAAGAUAGAGGAUUUCUUUUUUUAUAUUGUUGGCACUUUUCCAAUAAAAAAAAUCAGUGUAUCUCCACACUUGAGCGAGGCUGCAAUGUAACAGGCUGUUGACAACCCACUACUUAAACAAGCUGAUUGCUAUUGUUUACAGUGUAUUCACCUUUGGUCUUGUUUAGUCCACUCUGACACUUUAUGUCUUAUUAAAACAUGAUAUCUACACUGAGUCCUUUACUUCUCUAUUUGAAGUGUGGAAAAAUACAGAAGCAUAAUUUCAAACCAACUGGAGCUAUAAAAGAGACGCUAAAUCUGCAAACUGACAUCUAAAACUCCAGCAGAGGCCCAGGGACUGAGCUGUAGUUUUCAUGGUCCGCACAUGUAAACUGGCUUUAAUAGAGUCCCCAUUUGCCUUGUUAUAGUAGGAAAAACAAUACUUCAAACACAUCUCAAAAACAUCCAGUACAUUUGUGCAUCGAGUCUGUGUACACUCAAAGUCAGUCAGUGUUAAAGUCUGUGCAUGUAAUUAUAGAUUUAAACUGUCCCCGCUUCGUCACAUUUCCUGUUUUAGUCUUGUGAUUUAUUUCCUGAGUGAGCAGGAAGUUGGGAUGUGGUUGAUAGUUGUCAUAAACGAGACAAGCUAAUGUCAGCAAAAAUAUGAUAUGUGAUAGUCAUUCAAACCAACCAACUCAAUUGUGGUGUGCCUCAAUUUUUGUGCUGAUGUGCUCAUUAUCAUGUGACCAAGACUGAUGAAACUGUCUCCACCCGAAAAAGAAAAAGAAAAAAAACUGCCACUGCUUUCACUUCAGUGUUGUUACUUUGCUGUUUAUCACAGUGUCACUCGUUUCUAAGAAAUAAAAAGACAUGAAAACAUUGUACUUAACUAAAUUUUAUUACAACUUAAUGGUGUGUCAUAGCACAGUAAAGUGCACUAAGGCUUAUAUGAAGUAGUUGUGGGUGAAUCGUUACAUAAAGUAUCAAACCUACAUAUACUAAGGCAUGUUUAGAAAAUACUAGCAUCAAUAGGAUCAGUGUAAAUAUGCAUUGAUCUCAGAUUAGAUUGUGUCCUGAGCACAUGGACUAAUAUAAACUCUUUACACUUUUGUGCUGAUGAAUGUGUGCAUUCACACAGCAUUUACCUCAUUAGUUCAGACAAUUUACACAUAAACAUUUUUUAUUAUCAGUUAUUAAUAUCAGUGAUUCUGACCCUGGUAUCAAAUCCGAAACUAAUUGUAAUAAUAUGAAAUAAAUGAUGUGAAGAAUGUCAGACAUAGGACAAUAUAAUAACAGUAAUUAUUACUGUACAUGUGUAUGAUGUAACUAUACCAAAACUAUGUGUAAUGUGUUAUCAUUUUUGUUGUUGGUUAUGAGGUUUGUGUGUAAUCACUGGGGAUGAAACGUGCUGUCAUCCUCCUUUGUUAAAACAUACUGAUGAUGCCUUUGUGUUUCUGCAAAUGAACCUGUUGCUAGUGGAGAUUCACCGACCCGACCUUUUCAGUCUUGAUACUGUUACCUGGAUUUUGGGUAUCGGCCAAUGCCUGUGUUUAAUUAAUAGUCUGUAUGGUAUGCCUCACUGUGUGGGAGAGAGUGGGAUGAUUCUUUUAUGCGUAAGGCGACAUCAGGCUUGACUUAAACAUUGCUUUUCCAACUUUGUAAAAAAAAAUGUAACA